AUGUGUAUUCCGGACAUUUGCCCAUGCUCUGAUUCAUUAGACAUCUGCCUGUGUUGUAUACCACUCGAUUUACUUUGUUGCUGUUUACCUUGUUGUCGGCCACGUGAAAGAGUUGUGUACGUGCCUUCGGCACAACCCAUGUAUGCACCACCAGCACAAGGUUAUCCCUAUGUUAUUAGAGAACCUAUGCAACGUUAUUGA